GCAUACGCGAAAAUGAAUUCUAGCACGCACGUCAUUCAGGUGACAAAUGUUUCCCCGAGCACAACGUCCGAACAAAUGAGGACUCUGUUUGGAUUCCUCGGAAACAUAGAGGAGCUGAAACUGUUUCCACCUGAUUCCUUGAGUCUGAAUCGGUGGGAGUUUCUCAACAUCUGACGAACACCGUCUUCGUGGACCGAGCCUUGAUUGUGGUUCCUUUUGCUGAAGGUGGGUGUUUGUUUUAUUCUUGUCUCACUCUCAUGGCUGUAUCUCUGAACAUGCAUCACAAUGUGUAGCUUGUAUGAUAAAAUUGUAAAGCGGUAUCGGAGCCAUGGUGAGUUCUUUGUGACCCAGCAAUAUUCGCUAAGCUUUUCAGUGGUUGGCAUUUCUAAGUAUAUAAAAUGGAAAUGCCAAUUGUGUCCAUGUCUGACAAUUGAGCUGUAAACUUCUCUCUGUUAUUUGUGUUGUGGUUUUCAUAGUGGACAAGUCAUUUGCAGAGAGCCCCUUCCUUGAUGGCUGAAAGUGGUCCUCUGCUGCCAUCAGGAGAUUAGAAACAAUAAUGGCACCAGGCUUGCAAGCCCCCUUCUCUCUCUGUGUCUCUCUCUCUCUGUCUCUCUGUCUCUCUCUCUCUCUCUCUCUCUCUCCUUCUCUCUCUCUCUCUCUUUUUCUUCCGUGUUCUGCAGUAAAAUAUUAACUUUAAUUUUUCUCUGUUCAAGGGAUCUUUUAUUUAGCAAAAAUAGCCACACAACUCUUUAGCAAAAAAGGGGUAUGGACUUGAAGCUUGAACCAUUUCAGAUCCUCUAUUUAUAUUUGAACUGUAAGAGCCUUCAUCAUUUAUGUGGCAUGUGUGUAAUUGAUUUAGUGCCACAUCAGAUCCACGAGGAAACACCUUUGUCCUUUUUGAUAUUUAAUGCUAAGGAGGGAGACAUCAAUCAAGGCCCCACACAGCUAUCUGGUAAUGUAAUCAGCCAAAUAAGGGAAGGCUUCCUUAAGUUCAAUACUGUCUUGCCCUAUUUAAGGUAACCAUGGCCCGAUUAGGCUAUUGGGGUGCAUUACAAAAAAUAUAUAAAUACCGGAUCUGGACGUGGUAUUAACAGAAUGCUGAUUUUUAGAUUUAGAUGUUGCAGACAUCCCUACACCUGCAAGCAUGCAGGAUACAUGCUUUGCAUGCUGGGAAAGAUUUUGAAGGUGUGUGCCAACGUCUACAAAGUUGCUUUGAGCAGAUGUGAAUUAGCAUAUCAUUUGGUUAUCAAGAGAAGCACAAAACCCGCCGUUGGCAUUUACUUGCUCCAUGUGCCAAAGCUUUGUAUUAUUUUAUAUUUUGCAUCUGUAUUUCCAAAUUUUCACUAACACGCAAGAGAUGAAAGUAGUCCGUGCUCAAUGGUACAGUAAAGAAAAUGCUUUAUAUUGACCCGCUCAGCAUAUGACUCCUUCAGAGUUGAAUGAAUCACACGUUUAACAGUGGUGUUUCUUUUGUUGUUGUGUUUUACAGUUCUUUUUCCUGGUUCAGCCAGCCCUAUAUACCAGGCCCUGCUGAAAAUGCCACCAACAGUUUUGUCUUCUGCAGCCUUAUCCUGUUUCUCAAGUGUCCUGUGUGUGUGUUUGUGUGUGUGUGUGCGUGUGUGUGUGUGUGUGAGAUAUCUCCCUCUGUCUCUCUCUCAUCUUUUUAAAAUGUAAAUUGUCAGAUAAAAAAACUAGCCUGUUUUCAGAUUGCACCAUGGAUGAUCAUCUCCAUAAGAUUUCCCCUUUUGUAUUUACUGUUUGUUUUCUUCAACUUUGGGCAAAUUUGUCAUGAUUUUAUCACAGCUUUUGCUGGUAGGAGCCCAUAACUGUUUAGUGCAGUUUAUCCUUGACAUUGUUUUAGUGUUUUAAUGACAUGCUGUUGGCCAAAAGCUAGCGGUACUGUAGCAGUAGAGUACUUAAUUUGGUUGGCAAGUGUUUUCUUUUUUUUGUGGUUGGAUUGUACAAAGUUACCUCCGACAAAAGCCCAGAAAAGGUAAUAUGUCUGAACCUUUUCUGUUUUUGUAAUGGUAAGUAAUGUUGAAAUGUACCCUUGUCUACACCCAAAUCAUGAACUUUGUUUUCUGUAUCUCAAUGUUUUUGUGUGCUUUAUAGCGAAGCAGCCGGCACGAGUCGCUUGUUCAUAAAACAUCUAAUGAAAGUUGAGAGCACAUCCCACGGGACAACUGGCUGUGCUUGCUUACGUUUGGUUCAUGACUUAAAAAACAAGUACAGGUGAAAAAAUCUUGGCAGUGUUGACCACAGUGUGUUUUGUGACUUAUAAAUUCAUAGCUGCUAAUCAUACAAUCAUACUUUCAAAAAAAAAAAAGACAAAUCUGGGAUCAAGAUUUACAGACAAGACAAAGUGCAUUCUUUUUUUAUUUAUAAUUUAUUCAUUAUUUGAAUACAGCGUAGUUGGACAGAGGUGGCUUGUCUGCAAGUCUUGUGUGAGUGUUCAUCAAUGUUUGCUUGGAGCAGGUGCUGAAAUGUUGUUUUUCUCCAGGAGUCAUUCCUGAUGAAUCUAAAGCUAUGUCGCUGCUGGCUCCAGCCAACGCCGUGGCAGGAAUGAUGCCCGGGGGCGGCCUCCUUCCAACCCCCAAUCCUCUGGCAACAAUGGGAGCGACACCGUUCGGAGGUCUUGGAGCUUCCAACAUGGAGCAGAUGGCUGCCAUGGGAAUGCAAGGCCCCAACAUGAACCCCCAGGCCAUUUCUGCAGACUUCCUGAAGCUCAUGCAGUCCAUGGACCCCAAACUUAAUCCAUUAGCGGCCGGACUGAACUUGAAUGCCGGGCUGAAGAACGAUGCCUCCAAUAAGGAGAUUGAAGAGGCCAUGAGGAGAGUCCGAGAGGCCCAGUCGCUCAUCUCUGCAGCCAUUGAACCUGGAAAUAAAAAAGAUGACAAGCGCAAACGUACCCGCUCCCGCUCGCGGUCGAGGCGCCGCCGGACCAGAUCUCGCUCGAGACACAGACGUUCGAAGAGCAGGUCCCCCCGGAGGACCCAUUCCAGGAGCAGGAGGAGGUCCAAGAGUCCACGGAGGAGGAGGUCCCACUCCCGGGAUAGAACCCGCCGCAGUAGAUCCAGGGACCGGAGGAAGGAGGAGAAGUCUAAGAAACGAUCAAAGACGCCCCCAAAGAGCUACAGCAGUGCCAGGAGGUCUCGAAGCAUCACUCGAAGGCACAAGCGAAGCCGCAGCGCAUCUCGGUCCCCCAAGAGGAGGUUGUCCAGGUCUCCAUCGCUCAGACGUCACAAGAAAGAGAAGAAGAAGGACAGGGAGCGUGAGAAGGACCGGGACAGAGACCGCAGGGAGGUCAGAGCUCGGAGCAGAGACGCAAGAGAACGCUCAGCCAGUAAGAAAAAGAAGAGCAAAGACAAGGAGCGAGACCGGGAACGCAAGUCCGAUAGUGAGAAAGGAGAUGUGAAGGUGACUCGGGACUAUGAUGAAGAGGAGCAAGGUUAUGACAGCGAAAAGGAAGUCGAGGAGGAGUAUGACGACGAGAGGAAGAGCGACUCUGACUCGGCCUCGUCCCCAAAAGGCCAGGACGAGCGGUCCGAGGGCCAAAUCCCCAAAAAGUCCAAGUUGAACGGCGAUGACCACCACCAGGAAGACAUGGAGAUGAGUGACGAAUAACCAGGCAGCGUUAUCUUUCCACUUUUAUAUUUUUAAUAUUGGCCACGACGCGUCUGUGCAGCGCCGCAGAACGAGGGGCUUUAGAAGGAAAGCGUCAAUUAAUUUUGUAAAGACGAGGACUAAAAUAUGAACAACAUGAGACAUGAUUUUAAAUAGUUAAUGUACUUUUUUUUUUUUAAGAUCCUGUUGUUUUUUUUGUUUAAACUUUGUCUUCCUGACAGUAGACUACAAAGUGUCUGUAAAUAUUUUACUUGUUUGGUUCUUUUCCUUCUGUGACUGUUAGGUCUCUUGGCACCAACUUCACGGUCCUUUAUUUGUUGCUGAACGAUUUUGGUUUAACUGUAAUGCACGCAGUCCUGUUUCAGAUGCCCUUACUAUUUACAGCCCAUGGUAAGUGUACACUGUAGAUUAAAAUGUGUCGUUGCAGUCAAGUACGAUUUGAGGUUUUCCAAAGGAAACUAAUAAAAUUGGGUCAAACUGUU